GAGUGGCUUUGCCGGCCCGAAAGCCGGCUGUUUUUGUUGUGAAUUGAAGGGACGAAGUAGCUGUGCUCGUGGGUGAAGCAGAGAAGAUGUCGCAUGCAGAAUUUGAAGAUGCGGGUAGCGAGCCUGGUCUUCUCGUUUGGAGAAUCGAGAACUUCUCUGCAGUUCCAUAUCCAAAGAAAGACUAUGGCAUGUUCUACACAGGUGACUCCUACAUCGUGCUGUAUACAAAGAAAGUACACGGAAAAUUCAGCUGGGACAUCCACUUCUGGCUGGGGAAAGAGACAUCGCAGGAUGAGGCGGGCGCGGCGGCCAUCUUGUCCGUGGAGCUGGACGACUCGCUGGGCGGAGCGCCGGUGCAGCACCGCGAGGUGCAGGAGCACGAGUCGCAGCUCUUCCUCUCGCACUUCCCCGCAGGUGUGAGGUACCUGGCUGGAGGCGUCGCCAGUGGCUUCACCAGGGUGGACCCGGAUGCUGUCGAGAAGCGAUUGUUCCAGGUCAAAGGCAAGAGGAACGUCCGCGUCAGACAGGUGUCGCUGGACGUGUCGGCCAUGAACAAGGGCGACUGCUUCAUCCUGGACGUGGGCAAGGACAUCUACGUGUACACGGGACAGAAGAGCAAGCGCACUGAGAGGCUCAAGGCGAUCAGUGCUGCCAACCAGAUCAGGGAUCAGGACCACGCCGGCAGGGCCAAAGUGCACAUCAUAGAUGCGUUCAGCACCCAGGGGGAGGUUGCGGAGUUCUUCGAGCAGCUCGGCUCGGGCUCGGCAGACGACGUGGCAGACGAGAAGGACGGAGGAGAUGACACGGAGUUCGAGAGGAAUCAGGAGGCGGUGGUCACCCUGUACAAGGUGAGCGACGAGAGCGGGGAGAUGACCUUGUCCAAGGUCGGAGUGAAGCCGCUCCACCACAACUUGCUGGACUCGAGUGAUCUCGGAGCUCAGGACUGCUUCAUCCUGGACACGGUGACGUCGGGCAUCUUCGUGUGGAUUGGCCGGCAGUGCACCAAGCAGGAGAAGGUGGAGGCCAUGAAGCGGGCGGAGAAGUUCCUGGCGUCCCACAACUACCCCGCCUGGACCAAGGUGCAAAGGAUCGUGGAGGGGGCGGAGCCGUCGGCCUUCAAGCAGUACUUCAAGGGCUGGAGGGAGGCGGCGGACCAGGUGGGGCUGGGGCGCGUCUACACUCUCGAGCAGAUUGCAGCCAGCAUGCCGGAGCCGGACUUCGACCCCAGCUGCCUGCACGCGGGCAAGCUGCGUCUCCUGGCCAAGCACUGCGGCCACGCCUUCGGCUUCAUGCCGGACGACGGCAGCGGCGAGGUGCAGGUGUGGCGGGUCCAGGACUUCGAGCUGGCCCCCGUGGAGCCCCGCGCGCACGGCUUCUUCUUCGGCGGGGACUCCUACGUCGUCAAGUACAGCUACCGCAAGGACAACCGCGACAAAUACAUACUCUACUUCUGGCAGGGCCAAGACAGCACGCAGGACGAGAAGGCGGCGUCCGCGCUGCACGCAGUACGCCUGGACAACGAGCUGCACGGCAAGGCUGUGCAAGUGCGCGUCACUCAGGGCAAUGAGCCCAGACACUUCCUGCGCAUCUUCAAAGGCAAAAUGAUCAUCUUCAUGGGCGGCAAGGCUAGUGGAUUCCGCAACUUGAAAGAUCACGACACCUACGACGUUGAUGGCACGCGUUUGUUCCAUGUCGAGGGCACGUGUCCGGACGACGUGCGAGCGGUCCAGGUGCCCGAGGUGGCGGCCUCCCUCAACUCGGACGACGUGUUCGUGCUGGAGACCCCCGGCACCACCUACCUCUGGAUCGGAGCCUCCGCCAUCGACGAGGAGAAGGAGUUCGGGGCGAACGCGGCCGCCCUGGUGUCCCCGGACAACGAGGCGGUGACCGUGGCAGAGGGGCAGGAGCCUGAGGAGUUCUGGGCGGCCCUCGGCGGGCGGGCGGACUACCAGAAGAGCCACGCGAACGAGACUCCGGCGCUCGGGCCGAGACUGUUCCACUGCUUCAUCUCCGCCUGGGGCAAGCUGCGCGUCGAGGAGAUAGACGACUACAGGCAACAGGACUUGGACGGGGACGACAUCAUGGUGCUGGACUCGGGGGACGAGGUGUACGUGUGGGUGGGGGCCAAGUCCUCGCCCGAGGAGCAGCAGCAGUCCCUCAAGAUGGCCGAGGAGUACCUGAAGACGGACCCCAGUGAGCGCAGUCACGACCGGAACCUCAUCAUCACCGUGAAGCAGGGCGAUGAGCCACAGAGCUUCACGUCUCUGUUCGCCUCCUGGGACCCCGCCCUCUGGGAGUCGUUGCCAUCGUACGAAGAACUGAAGCUAAAGGUUGCUGCAGCAAAUGCACUCAUUGAAGACUGAAAAUCUGUUUAUGUUAGUACAUAGGUUUGAACAUUAUAAAAAGAAGGCAUUUUGAUUGAAAUUUUAUUGUGCUGAUGGUAUCAUGUUCUUUGAAUAUGUAUACAAUUUUGUCAUGAAAUACAGAAAAUAACAGAGUUAUGAAUUUUUGUGCCUUAAAUUAAAGUCAUGCAAGUAUAUUCUUAAAAUGUAUAGUGUUUAUCCAGAAUUUAAAUAAAGUUUGUCUACCAUGUACAAA